AUGUCGUGCCCAGAUUGCUUUCGAGGUGGGUUAACCACAACAACCGCAACUGGCAAAGAAACUAUGAUUCACGGUCUCCCAACUUAUGUUGCAGAACCAGAAAAUGGGAAUGUGCCAAAGGGUAUAGUUGUUAUCAUUACUGAUGCUUUUGGUUGGGAUUUUGUCAACAACAGUGUAUUGGCAGACCGCAAUGCAAUGAAUCCUCGCGCUUUUUCUCUAUUUGAUAGAAUCAUGGAGCCUGCGUCUUGGUUGACAACAAUUUUCCUCAAACCUAUAUAUAUUUUUCAAGCUAUGACUAUCGCAAUUCCUUGGAAAACAAAGACCAAAAUUCCUAUCACCCAUCCUAAAGUCGUUUCCUUCUUUCAAGCUCUUCGGUCAUCCAAGCCUCCCUUUCCAACGAACAAUCUCAAGAUCGGUGUUGCGGGUUUCUGUUGGGGUGGAAAACAUACUAUACUUCUUGCACAAGACGAUUUGUCAUCGCGCGUUCAACGACGUCAAUCGCAAGCCAAAUCUACCACUCCUGAACCAUUGAUCGACUUCAAAAUUCCACUCAGUGUAUCAAUCGGGGACAAUGAUUCAGCCAUGAAAGCUCCUCAAAUUGAUCAGAUGAAGGAAAUACUCCAGGUGAAGCACAAGGGUAAUUCUGAAGUCAGUAUUCUUCAAGGCGCAAAGCAUGGAUUUGCUAUUCGAACACAUCCUGACGAUAAGGAUGAGUUGGAGUGUGCAAAUAAGGCAGAGGCUCAGGCUAUUGAUUGGUUCAAGAGAUGGUUUGCUUGA